AACCCCGAGAUUACAUAACCUCCUCCCCGUCGGCCUGCCUGAUCGGGAGAGUUGUUUAGGCAUGCCAUGUUGUUUUGCUCCCCCGCGAUCUGUUCACCAUCUCUGUUCUUGGUAACUUUUUUUUGAUAGGCUCAGGCUCACUAUUCUUUGGAUUUUAUUGGCUGUGGAGAAUGCCUGAACUCAAUUAAUUGCACUUGCUGUGCUUGCUCAAUCACCUUCCAAUCUUCGAGAGAGACGCGGUCGGGGCUGCCCUCCGCCCCUCCCAUGAAUCGCAUCCCCCGUUGCAUACCGCGAUGUACAGUACCAGCUCAGCCUCUUCGCCUGACAUUCUUGGGACCCCCGGCGACGCCGAAUAUUUGAUUUCCUCGCCGAUCAAGCCCUUCACCGGCCGCCAGAGCGCCAUGUCGCCGGCCAACUUCAAACUGCUGCAAACACCGCGAACCGGUUCCCGCCCACGCGCCAGCUUCACCCCCGGCGGUCGCAGCGCCCACUCAAUCCGUUUCGACGAUGUUCUACUCCCCGCGUCGCCGUCGAUGAAACUAGAUGGAGGGCAAAUGUCGCUCUCGCCGGACAAAGCGCAGACUGAUGGGAAUGUCAGCCCGUGGAGGAUUCGCGUAACGUUGGAGGCAACGCAAGACGAGGAUGAAAUGGCCGUUGACAGUCCGCGCAAACGUCUACGUCCCGUGACUACGACCACGACCAAGAUACCGCUCAAAGGGGAGGAGGCUUCUGUGGAGGAGACCCCGCGCAGACGCAGAGGUCGUCCCAGGAAGUCGGACCUCGUGAUGCAGGAUGCGACGCCGAUCCCCGGCAGCCCAGGACACACCCCGGGCCCGGUAGGCGCGAGUGGACAGAAGAGAAAACGCGGUCGACCGAGGAAAAAUACGCCGGUCUGGGAUGCAGCUGAGGUAGCGACGGGUUCGGGUUCCCAAGAGGCUCGAAUGCCUGGUAUUCAGGAAGUUCAGGAAAACCCACGGAUUCAGGAAUUGCAUGAUGACCAGGACGAACCUAUGGAAGAUGUACAUGAUACCCAGGAAGCUCAGGAAGCCCAGGAACAGCAGGAUAUUCAAGAAGACUGGGGGGGCAGAGAAAUUGAUCAAGCUGCCCCUAUUGAUGAGCCUCAACAGAGCUUCAGUCCUCUAAACAUGGCCGCCGACGUUGAUUCAGAUGACGAUGAUCUACCCGACGUCCAAGAUUUUGGCGCUCCAUUAGAAAACCCCACCCCCACCCAGGGGUAUCUUGGGGGCGCUCAUGAAAACCGAAGCUCACCUCGAGUUCGAUUUGAGCAGACAUUCGAUACGCCGCAUGUCGAUUCGCCGGAUGAACCGUACAUGGCUAACGGAAGUGGCCAUUGGGGCUCAACUCCCUCGAAAAUGCCGUCCCCUUCCCAUGAGCGAAACAUUAUUUCCCCCGAUAAUACUCUACAUGCUGGCCGCACACCCAUGCCACCGCGCACUUACCCUACCCCAACCUCAUCCUUGGUUGACGAGGAGAAGCGAGAUUCGGCACCCUCGGCGUCCUCGGAAAAUCCGACCACGAACGAUAGCCUACGACCAGACGAAUCACAUCCCACAGAAGACCCGACGGACGAACAAAGGGAAUUCGACUCGAUCAUAGAGAGUGAAGGGUUCAGCAUGGUUUCUUUGGACACGUUACCGUCAGCGAAGCAACAUGGUCUCGACGGGAAAGAGGACUCUAAGAUAGGCAAAAGUGCUCUCAGGCGUGUUUGGAAUCAAGAUACAAUCGGGUCACUACAACGAAGGGCUAGCAGAGAUGAGCCAGACACUGUUUCAAGUUCACGAGCUAGACAGUCGUCGAGGGAGCCACGAACAACGAGGCACUCCCGGCAACCCAGUAAUAGACCAGGGUCUUCAAGUGCCAAACCCAAGCCAGUCAAACGACUGUCUCCGCUUGUGUCGCCGCCUGCAACAUCGGUGCCUAAGUCUAUCGGGAAAGGCCCGUUGUCCAGGCUGGCCAGAAUGAUCCGCUUGGGCGUAGCACUGGAGGGCACCAUGAGACAUGCAUAUGACUCGCCAGACAUUAUGGUGACUCCGCAUAUUCCAAACUCGGGUGACCAAGUUUCCGACAUGGACGCAUCCCGAAAACGUAUGGAGAUUCUUUUCAGCAAUUUCAACCCCAAAAUGCAUCAUGAACUGCGCGGAGCGCUUAGGUUCGGACAUGAACUGGCAAGAAGGAAAAGACAUGCGGAGUUGGAAACAAUCAAACCUCGGAAGGCUACGAAAUCACCGAUCACGGACACGCCGCGGGCAAAUGGACGAGAUUCUGCACGCCCUUCUACGACUCCGCUCCAGCAGGUGAACAGCAACCGAAGACCUCAAUCACCGAGCACCAUGAUGAAACGGCGAAUGGAGGAAUGGCAGAGGGAGCGGGAGGCUAUCAGUCGUGAGAUUCAGAUGGCCAACACGAGUCAAGUCAUAGUCAUCGGCAGCGAUGACAGUGGUCCUGAUAAUGGGCAAGAUGGACGUGAACCCUCGGUUGAGCAGGAGCAGGAGCAGGAGACAGAGUUCAACCGGGCUGCUCCUUUUGAAGCUCUUGCGGAUCCAGCGGAUGACUAUUCUGACGAUGAUGGCCAGUACGAUGAGUAUCAGCAAGAUCAGAAACCCGAAGAGUAUCAAAAUGGGGAUCAGGAUCAGUACCAGUACCACGGUCAGUACCAUGAAGAACCGGAUCAGUAUCAGGAUCUGCACGAGGAGCAACAUCAACAGGGGCAUCACAAUCAGAGCCCCGCCCAAGGCCUGGAUAUAAUGGACGAUCAAUAUUAUCGGGACCUUGAUCUGGGAGAGGACAAGGAUGACUAUGAGCGUUAUCGAGAACUAGACCUGGGUCCGGAUUCGAAUGACGGCGAAGGUGAUGAUGGAUAUCAUCGGGACCUAGAUCUAGGCCCGGAACAUAAUGAGGAUGAAUAUCAAGAACCGGACCAGGACCUGUACCAAGACAGGUAUCAACAUGAAAGCCCGACCGACGAUCAGGAGGUAGAUGACGUUCAAUACCCAGAUUUGGCUCCCCCGGAUGAAAAUGAAGACCAGUAUCAUCAUGACGGUUCUGAAGAGGAUGAGGACGAAGACAUCUGGCAGCAAGAAGCGCAUAACCAGAGCGCCCAUUCUCACCGUUCACCUGUCACAUACGACCAACACAAUGACAUGGCUGCCGGCCAGGGUUCCAGUCCGUGGAAAAAUGGUCUCAGCAAUACUCCUGGGGAGCAAGUCGAGUCCUCGCCAGACUAUUGGAUCACCAAACGGGAAAAGGUACCCUUUUUGGGCCAGUCGCGAGUGAAGCAACUUCGUGAACAGAACGUCGAUCUUUCAGGCCUUUUACGCGCAGAGGACACCCCAAGACGCUCGCGCUAUUACCACGGAGCCAGCAGUCCCAUGAGCGCUGCCAAAUCCAGACCUCCACAAAGCUCUCCAUCGACCAAAGCGUCCCAGCAAGACGAUGUCCAUGGAUACGUGCCCGAAACCAAUCUACAGUCGGAUGGCUUCCUGGAGUCGAGCCCCCGGCUUUCUGAUGAUGAGGCCUUUCAGGUUGACCCAACCACAAGACAUGAGAAUGCUUGGCAUCUCGCGCUCGCGCAACGAGACCAACAGAGAAACGAAGAUAUUCCCGGUGCCGCCGUAACCGAGCAGCAGUCAGCUCACGAGACACAUGGCAUCACUCCGGAGCGCGCCCAAAACACUAGCGCUGAAGUACCGCCAUCAUCCCUGUUCCGAAGAAUCGCUAGUCUCACGCCUCGAUGGCUGAAAGCACCGAUUAGGGGAUCGCCAAAGCGCCCUAGUCCCCCGAUACGCGAAGAGAGUUCCGAAGACGAGGAACCAGAGUUGGAGCAGCAAGAGGACGAUGAGGUAGAUGCGGCAGCAGCAGCAGUAGCAGCGACCGAAGACAAGGAAAAGGAGGCCGAAGAACGGGAAGAGGACGAGCAGCUUCCUGUUGAACCAGCGCGAUUUGAUGACGAAGCUUACGAGGAAACCGAAGACAACCAAGAAAUGGAAGAAACGCCAAGACCGCUGCAUCAAGUUACUGGGAAAGGCCUUGACCGGCACAGUUCUGCCACGCCUCUCCCUGGCCAGAUGCUUGACCACGAACGUGCAUCUCCGGAUUUGGGAACGACGGGUGAGACAUACGGACGUCAGUUUCCAUUGGCUGUUUCUGGGUAUUUUUCCGACGAUCACUACACGUUUCUACGUCGCCUCUAUCGUCUGGCGAAAAGACAUCCCGAACGGUUUCCCUUCCACCCCUCUGCUGGCCGGGCUGGCAUUAUAGGUGACUGGAUCUGGACAUCGGACGGGGUCCACGGGGUUCCUAUCACUGAACGCCAAUUUGCGAUUAUCGACAGAUUCGUGCAAGAGCUAGCCAAGGCCGACUUACAGGCUGGUGGUACGGGCCAAGUCGGUUGGACGGAAGCCGAUGUGCACCGAAGACUGAUCAGCAUUAUCAUUGGUGAAGAGAUUCGCAAAGAGAGGAAGGCCGGGAUGCAAGGACAGUGGAGCGCAGAGUCUUCGAGAACCAGAGCUACAGCGGCCAGAUCGUGGCGCUGA